AUGGACCGUACCUCUGAGAAGCUAAGUAUGAUUGUGCUGGAAAAGCGUGAGAAAAUCCAGGAUCAAUUUACUUUUUGCCUGAUCCUCACAAUUAUGUUUGAUGUGGCUGAGGGUGCUCAUGUGUUUCACGAGUCCUGCUGCUCCUGGAUGCUUACCAUGUUCAAAGAGCUCACACAACUGAUCUAUCUGCUCAGCAUGAACUGUGAUGGGGAUGGACAGGGCAGCUGGGGCAACCUUGACAACUUUACACAAUCUUCCUGGGCAGGGGAAGGAGAGGAGGAAACUGAGAUUGCUGGCAAAGAAGGGGACAGUAGGAAGCUGGAUGAUUUUGUGAAGGCUGGAAAUCCUCAGCCAAGAAAAAACAAAGCUGGUGUUUCUGUCUUGUGCCUUCUUCCUCUAGCAGCCAGUACCCCAGAGAGUAGCAACUUUAACAAGCCAGUGCACACUACUUCCCCUGUCAUGCCCUGUCUCCUGCUUCAUUCCUCAAUUGUUCACCAUACUCAGCACAGCGCAAAGGUUGCUGGUCACAGAGUUACAUUGGGAGAGGCUGAAUUCCGUUCAGUCACAAUCACUGGUCUUGGAUCUCCCACAUUCCAGUAUUCUCAGUACAGCUUUAAAGAUUUUAACAGAAACCUUGCCCAGGGACUACAUCAGCCAAAACGCCUGUCUUUUAAGACUUCAGACAACACGAAACCGCACCGAGACGGAUCGUCUCGGCACCGCUUUGUUUUGCGGGAGCACCUCGAUGACAUUGUGACUCUCACCAAGUUCAAGCCAUGGUGGUCAGAAGGAGAAGAAUGCAAUGGACCUUUAUGUGAAACUGUUUCAACCACGGGAUCAGAAAUCCCAAGCAGCUCUGAGGGCCUAAACAGCACUGAGACUGCUUUACUCAUCCCUGAUCAUCAAGUGAUUGAUAAAAGACAUGAAAGCAAAGAUUCUAUUUUCUUCAGGGAUGGUAUCCGUCGAAUUGAUUUUGUUCUCUCCUAUGUGGAUGAUCUUACUAAAGAAUGGGAAAAAAAGUUGGAAAGAAGAAAAGAAUUUGAGAACAAUCUGCAAAAGGCUGGUUUGGAACUAGAAACAGAAGACAAGAAGGAAUCUGAAGAUGGCAAAAUUUAUUUUGUGAAGAUCCAUGCCCCAUGGGAGGUUCUGAUCACGUAUGCAGAAGUGCUGAACAUUAAAGUUCCUAUCAAGGAAAAUGAUAUUCCUCCGAUGGUGGAGAACCCCUUGGAUUGUAUGCUUACACCAUUCAGGCUUCCUGAGAAGGUGAUGCACCCUGAACCGGAUUAUUUCACGGCACCAUUCAGCAAGGAGAAGCAGGAGUUGUACCUCAUUAAUGAUGAGAGCACUUUCUUCUCACCAUCCAUGAGAAACAGAAUAGUUUAUUAUAUUUUAACACGUUGCCCAUAUGGGACAGAAGAAGGGAAGAAGAAGUUUGGGAUUAAAAGACUGCUAAAUAAUGGCACCUAUUCAGCUGCAUAUCCUCUUCAUGAUUGUCAGUACUGGAAAAAAGCAAAUGAUCCAAACUGUGACAAUGAGAGAUAUACGUUAUAUAUGGAGUGGGCUCGUUUCUUACGUUUCUAUAAAGAACAGCCUUUGGACCUUAUCAGGAAGUACUAUGGCGAGAAGAUUGGAAUCUAUUUUGCCUGGCUCGGAUUUUACACUGAGAUGUUAUUCCUUGCAGCAGUUGUUGGCUUAAUCUGUUUUCUCUACGGCUUUUUUACAAUGGAUGAAAAUAUGAGCAGCAAAGAAAUCUGUGACCCUGCAAUUGGAGGAGAGAUCAUCAUGUGCCCUCUUUGUGACCGAGACUGUGACUACUGGAAGCUAAAUACCACCUGUGCGUCUUCAGAGUAUUCCCAUUUGUUUGAUAACGUGGCAACUCUUUUUUUUGCCAUUUUCAUGGGCAUAUGGGUUACUCUGUUCUUGGAGUUUUGGAAGAGACGGCAAGCUAGACUGAAAUACGAGUGGGACUUGGUUGAUUUUGAAGAGGAGCAGCAGCAACUCCAGCUGAGGCCUGAGUAUGAAGCCAAAUGUACCCAAAAGAAGAAGAACCCUGUAACUCAGGAGAUGGAGCCUUAUUUGCCUCUAACUAGCCAGGCUGUGCGGUUCUGCAUCUCAGGAACUACAGUGUUGUUCUGGGUAUCUCUGAUUAUAGCUAGCAUGAUAGCCGUGAUCGUGUAUCGUCUUGCAGUGUAUGCUGCCUUUGCCAGCCUCAUGGAGAAUACUGAGACUUUAGAACCCAUCAGUGGAUUACUGACUCCUCAACUGGCAACUUCAGUCACAGCCUCAUGCCUGAAUUUUGUCAUCAUCAUGAUACUUAAUUUCUUAUAUGAGAGAAUAGCUAUCUGGAUUACUGAUAUGGAGAUUCCCAGAACUCAUCUGGAGUAUGAGAACAGGCUGACUAUGAAAAUGUUUCUGUUCCAGUUUGUCAACUACUAUUCUUCCUGCUUCUAUGUGGCCUUCUUCAAAGGGAAGUUUGUUGGUUACCCAGGUGCAUACACGUACAUGUUUAAUCGCUGGCGAAAUGAAGAGUGUGAUCCUGCAGGCUGCUUGAUAGAGUUGACGACACAGCUCACCAUAGUCAUGGCUGGUAAACAGAUCUGGGGAAAUAUCCAAGAGGCCAUUGUACCCUGGAUUUGUAACUGGUGGGGACGUCGGAAAGCGAGAAGUAAUCCAGAAAAUUUAUACAGUCGCUGGGAGCAGGACCAUGAUCUGCAAGUAUUCGGAGCCUUGGGCCUAUUCUAUGAAUAUCUAGAAAUGGUAAUUCAGUUUGGAUUUAUUACUCUCUUUGUGGCCUCCUUUCCUCUGGCUCCCCUUCUUGCUCUGAUGAAUAAUAUUUUGGAGAUCCGAGUAGACUCCUGGAAGUUAACCACUCAGUACAGGAGACCUGUUGCUGCCAAAGCGCAUAGUAUAGGAGUUUGGCAAGAAAUCCUGAACGGAAUGGCCAUCUUGUCUGUUGUCACUAAUGCUUUUAUUGUUGCAUUCACAUCAGAUAUGAUUCCUCGUUUAGUUUACUACUAUGCUUAUUCUACAAACGAAGACUCACCUAUGUCUGGAUACAUAAACAAUAGUUUGUCAGUGUUUCAAAUCUCGGAUUUUCCUGACAGAAACAAGCCAAAAAUGAAUCUAGGUGAUUUUGACACGUGCAGGUACAGAGACUAUCGAUAUCCUCCAGAUCAUGAGAGGAAAUAUUUACACACUAUGCAGUUCUGGCAUAUUCUUGCUGCAAAAAUGGCCUUUAUAAUUAUUAUGGAGCAUGUUGUAUUCAUCGUCAAAUUCUUUGUAGCGUGGAUGAUUCCUGAUGUCCCUGCAGACGUGAAAGCCAAAAUAAAACGUGAAAAGUACUUAACACAGAAAAUCCUCCAUGAGUAUGAACUUGAAAAACUGAAGGAGAAGCUGUGUCGAGGUGAUAAUCAAGCCACAGAAAAGGAGUUCAUUGCCACAGAAGGAAAAGUGGAGUUAUCCAGAGCAAUGUAGUUGAAAAAAACUACUGUAUGUGAUUUAGAUCAUGGAUUUGUGGGCCUUUUUUCCGUGAUUUGCUCAGUAUGCAUCAUCUUGAAAGCUGUGGGAUAGUUUUAAUCCGUUGCUUUCAGUCCACAGAUUUCAGACUUUUUAAAGAAGUCUUAGCAGUCUAGGUUUAGUAAAUUUACUUAACUCCUGCGAUUUUAGCACUGUUUUCUAUUUACGUAUUGCUUUGAAUAAUAAUUGUAAUCCUGUUAUCCUAGAAUUUGGAUUCCCAGGAUAGGGGAUAUUCCGCUAUAAGGGCUCACAGGUUAUCAUGUGGUCAUCACCACCAAGCCCUUCCCCCUGUUCCUAAAUGCACAGUUCAGGCUGUGUCCCAGCUGAAUGAAAAGGAUAUUAUAGAUGACUCCUGCUAUGGAAAAUGCUGAAAAUGAUUAUUUUUGUGACGUGAUCGUUUAAAUCAGAUAAUACUUCUGAUGCAGGGAUUGGGUUAUGUUUUUUUUUGUAUCCGCUACAUAUCUUAUAUAACAUUUGUUCACAACUUUGAACUUUUACACAUUUUUAGAUGGAAUGGAUUUUUAAAGCUGUAUUGGUCUAAUUCCACUUGGAAUUAUUUUAAGGUAUAGAAUUCAGUUAAUACAUAAUGAAGGAGAAGAACCAUAAUUUAUUUUCAUAAAGAUACCUGCCAAAGAGUUUUCUCUUUAAAUGCAAAUACUGUAGAAUCAUCUAAUUAGUGUUUUUGCAGCUAAUCUUUUUUUUUUCCUUUUUCCUCAACUUCAGAAACUACCAUUAGAAAAAUAGGCUUGACGUUAGUUUCGGCCAAAACUGGUCCUUGGUUUGGUUUCUUUCCAUCUCUGUGAAAGCCAGCAAUGGGCUAAAACAGUCUAUCUGUAUUGGGUGUACGCAGUGGAGUGACUUUUAAACAGUCCAGCAGUUUGGGAGCUGAACUGCCAUACCAAUUGAUCUAGCUAUAUGAUUGUGCAGAGAUGAGGAUUACUACUCAAAACAUUUUAAGAAUGCCAAGUAACGUAUGUUUAUGUUGCUACUGUCCUUAUACAUAGGAGCCUUGACUUUUUUCUUUUUUUAAACUUUCAAGAAGGAUUUUUUUCUGCUUUCUCAUGGGACUUUUCUACAAAGUUAUCAAGUUUAUAUAUAAUAUCUACUUGUGCAAAAUAGCUACCAGUUUAUGAAUGUGCUCAUGUUUUAUAAUUUUAAGCAGUUACACAUUUUUAUGAUUUUGCUGGAUAUUUAAAACAUAUCAACACUUUGAUGCUUAGUGCCUUGUUUAUUUGCAUUUGACGAAAGAUGUGAAAAUGAUCACUAUGUGGAAACGUGUAUUUCCAAAGUGUGCUUGCAGGCAUCAUGAUACUGUGAACCUGCACACAAAACUGUAUAGUAUUAGCCAAACAAUGCCUGCCUUGGCACAUUUCUGUGUGUUUGUGCUAUGCGAACUAUUGGAGAGCAGUUCAGAACUGGACUGCUUAGGUGAAGUAGCGCCAGACUGUUGAGUUCUCUCAUGCUAAAGUAUACUAGCUAGAGAGUUAGAAAUUUUAAUAUUUUUGCACUUUGAAAGUUAUACUUCCUUGCAAGUAUAAAAAAAAUCAGAUUUGUAUUCUGUAUCAGCCAAAUAACGUACUGUUUACUAGGUCCACAAGUUAGUUUCCAGAUUUUGUUUUAGCAGACCCAGCCUAUGUCUUGGAACAUUUGGCUAGUAACCUUGUUAUCUUAACAGACUUUUAAAUCAAUGUCUUGGGUAGAACUGUCAUUACUAGCAGAAGUUCUGACGUUGAAGUGCCUACCUCUAACAAACAUCGCGUGGUUCGGCUCCAGCCAGGCAGCUGAAGCAGGUGUACAUUUCUCUUUACUGUAAGUUAUUCAUUUUGAUUCUGUAAGCUUGCUUGAUAAAUCAAGCAUAUUGGCAAUUCAUGUUUAUAGUGAACUGACCAUGUUCUUGAAUAUUUACAUGCAUUUAAAUAAUGGAUUUACUGCGGGAAUGCAGUAAAUAAAAUAGCUCUGCUGCUUAAUGUAUAAGCCAAAGAGGAGUAUCAGUCAUCGUAAUUAUGUAUGCAACACCAGAAUUUAAAUAAUGCAAGCACUUUUCUGCUUCUUACAUAUAUACUACUAACUAAAUUGCUUAAUUUAGAUUCCACACGUUUGCUACUGAUAGCAAAGGCACAGAAUUGCUUCAAAGAGUGAGAUGAUGAGAUGCAAAAUAAUAUUGAUAUUUCUAUGCAAAAUGCACAGGUCUGAAGCUAAAACAGGUUUGAAAAUUCAGCAGUAGAUGGGUUUCUGAAGACAGAACGUUAAUUUCUUCACAUCUUGUAAUAAAGUUUCCGACUAUACUACACUUGACAAGAUGUCAGCAAAAUAGCUAUAUUGUGAAUCAAUAAUGCUAUUUGAAAGCAAAAUGGAGGAAAACAAGAAGGAAACAAAGACUGGGGUGCAGCAUUAAUAUGUAGAAGCCCCACAUAGAGACUCUGAAUUGGAUUGGAUAUUUGGCCUCAUUUCUUGCUUCUUUGAAGUUUAUUUCUUGACAUCAUUUCCUGUUUGAUGCUAUAGAAAAGAUGUUCUGCGUAUGUUGUAUCCUAUUAUAAAAAAGCGAAAACUGUGGGAUCAGCUUAUUUAAAUACGUAUAUAAAUAUAUCAUUACACUUCAUAGCAUUACUUGGUAUAUAGAAACUGUUGAAGAGAGAAUGUGUUGUAUUCACAGCUAAUGUCACAUAAGAUCACAGUCUAACACACCUCUUUAUGUAAUAGUUUGCCUUUAUAAGUUAUUAGGCAGUAUUUUCACAAACAAAAGAUUGUUAGCAUGAUUAGGAUUAUAAUGGUCUACAUACAUAUAUAUUUACUGCAGCAUUCUUGAAAAGUGACAAAUCAAAAAAAAUGGUCCAGUCAGUUUGGGGGUGUGCUUGUUCUUACUGUUGGAAUAUUUGGUUUCGCUGGUUAAAAUAUGUAUCAGAAAGUGUCCUUUAACCAAAGUGAAGCUACUCCUGUGUUUAAACUACUGUAAUUUAAGGAACAGUAGAUUGUUUCAUUAGAAUUAGUUAGAAAAACAAAAUUGGCCUUCAAAGUAUAGUAAGAUCAGGGUUUUUUUUUUUUUCCCAAUUGAAAUGUAGUAUUUAUACCUUAGGAAGAUUUAGUAUGUUAUGAUCUAAGCAAAUGACUGCAAAAUAAGAGUGCUACUACAAAACACUAUACUGUUUUUCUAGAAGAUUUUAUUAUUAUACUUUGACUUCUUUAUGAAAACAUGAAUAAUACCAUCAGUUUGAGACAAGGAAGGAAUGGAAAUAGAUGUACUUUCUUAUUGUUCUGUCUGUAUUGCUUGUUUUGACUUGUACUGUCAUGUGAUCAGAGUAGCAUUUUUGUCUGCAAAGUAUGUUGGUGAUACACAUGAUACACUAAUGUUGGGAUAAUUUUUUUAAACGUUGCAUUCAGCUAACUUAUAUGUACAUUUAAUAGGAUUUAAAUCUGUUGGCAAAUAAAGCAGUGUUUAUUUUUAA